AUGAAGAAGAUGAUAGCUCUAGGGUUUGAGGGUUCAGCCAACAAGAUUGGUGUUGGGGUAACAAUUUUGUCGAGGUGUUGGGGUAACAAUUUUGUCGAACUCGCUCAACGCAUACAUUACCCCUCACGGCCAAGGGUUCCUUCCCUCGAAACUGCACCGCACCAUCUCCAACACAUUCACCCGCUGAUUAAAUCUGCUUUGGAAACUGCCCAAAUAACGCCCAAGGAAAUUGAUUGCCUUUGUUACACCAAGGGUCCUGGCAUGGGAGCACCAUUACAAGUUGCUGCCAUUGUUGUUGGGGUUCUUUCACAGCUUUGGAAGAAGCCCAUUGUUGCAGUUAAUCAUUGCAGUGCACAUAUUGAGAUGGGAAGGAUUGUGACAGGUGCAUAUGAUCCUGUUGUGUUGUAUGUCAGUGUGGGAACACACAGGGUACUAACACUCUCCAAUGAUCCAAGCCCUGGAUAUAACAUUGAGCAGAUGCAACAAUCUAAGCAAGAAGAGAGAUUUAACAUGCAAGGUCGGAAAAAUGAUAAUUCUGAUAUCUGA